UUACCGUAGUAAGUCAGGAACAAAAAAAAAUGCAGUUAUUACAGAUUGAAAUUAUUCAGUGCAGAAAUUAAAAGAUAUGCAAAUCAAGCUUCGAGCCUGGAAGUCAACAGUUAUUGUAUGCUUCUAGAACAAACUGCCUUUGUCAGUAAAUUACAGUCACUGUGAUUACAGAUGCAUGUUGUUCACUAGGCUCUGUUGUUUUUUAACCCAGGUGAGGAAGCAGUGUCAUGCAGAUAGCACUCCUUUGGUGCUUUUUCGAUACAGGCCAACAAAAAAUGCCAUGACUACAUUAAGGUCAGUAAAGAUUUACACAUGUGGGAAUGAAUCAUUACUGACUACAGGCCUACUUGAGUUGUUGAUGAAGUGUAACCUCCAUGCUGCACUCCAAGGGAGUGACUUUGAUGACAAGGGUAAGCAUAGCAUGCUCCUGACCAGUGUUAUGAAUAUUAUGUCUUAUGUCUAUACAGUUUGUGAAAACAAAAAAUCAACAUCAACAUCCACCAACAUGGAUGACAUGGAGAUAAGGAUACUGUAUCCCACAUUAUCUCUAAACAAAAUGGUUGUGGGAAGUAUCGUGGCAGAUUUAAAACUGAAUGAACAUUCCGAAAUGUUCUAUAGUGGGGAACCAGUUGUACUGCCUCAUUUAAAAAGUAAAUAUUGGUAUUUUUGGAUCUUACAUGUAUUUGAGGCUGGAAGGACUACUUGA